UACAUCAGGAGAGAUUCCUUCCCCGGGGCUCAGAGCAGGCUCAGGCAGGAGAGCAGCGUGAUGAGGCUGUUUGUCUUGCUAGCUGUGCUUUACAGUGGAGCAAGCAGCAGCAUUGUGCUGCAGAAAAUGUACGGGAGGAUCACGUCCCCCAGCUUCCCAAAUGUCUACCCAAAUCACAAGGAGAGAAUCUGGAAUAUUACUGUUCCCAAGGGAUAUUCUGUCCGCAUCUACUUCACCCAUUUCAACCUGGAGCUCUCCUACCUGUGUGAAUACGAUUAUGUGAAGCUGAGCUCUGGUGGGAAGACCUUGGCCACGCUGUGUGGAAAGGAUAGCACAGACACUGAGGAGGCUCCAGGCAACAAGACCUACAACUCCAUUGACAACAACCUCAUGGUAGUGUUUCGGUCUGAUUACUCCAAUGAGAAACCAUUCACAGGCUUCGAGGCCUUUUAUGCUGCUGAAGAUAUCAAUGAGUGCCAAGAGCUGUCUGAUGGUGAACCCCUCUGCAAUCAUCACUGUCACAACUACGUGGGGGGCUACUAUUGCAGUUGUCGGAUUGGCUACACACUGCAUGAAAACAAGAGGACAUGCACAGCCCACUGCCAGAGCCAGGUUUUUACUGAAAGAAUUGGAGCAAUCCCCAGCCCUGACUAUCCAACACCUUAUCUGCUCGGCUCCUGCAGCUGCAGUAUCCAGGUAGAAGAUGGCUUCCUGCUCACACUGGGAUUCAUGGAGACCUUUAAUGUGGAGACACACCCAGCAGUGUUGUGCUCCUGUGACGUCCUUAAGGUUUGCCGUGUCCCAGUCCUGAAGCACCACCCCAUGGUCACACCGCACCAGUGCAGCGCGGUACCUUCUGGGUGACAGCUCUGCUUCCUCCUGUGACAUCGGGUAUGUGCUGCUUGAAGUAGGCGACCCAAGGCGCUGCCAGCCCCAUCGGACCGAAUUCCUCAGGGAUUAAACACUUGUGCUGCUUGGAGAAUUAAAAUGUUGUGAAGUCUUCGGUAACGGACUGUCGAAGGAAGGCACCUGGAACAAACCAUGGCACAGUGCAGCAGUAAGUCAGUGCUGUCUGUGAACUUUAAAUGAUUGGUGUAAAUAUUUGUAUUUAAAACAUACAAGUUGUGGUAUGAGAAACAUUUUUUCAGCCUGUUCCAGUACUUGUUCCAAUUCCUGCCAUUCUAAAAUCUCUAAAAGCACUGAUGGUUAUUAAAAGAAAAAUCUUUUUAAAGAGA